CCCUCUCAUGCUUGAAUAAAUGACGACGCUGCGUUCUGCAUCCGAUACGCGCACGCGCGGGCGCGCACUCGAGCUGCAAGAGAAGCAGAGGAUGAUGACGCGCGGAAUACAGUCUCUCUCAUGGCCUCCGAGCGUCCGUCCGCUGAGAGUCGCUCCUCGCACCUGAGCUCGGACCCUUCCGUCGACACGGACGCCACAGCCACCGACAGCAUGUGGGAGGAAAGCUUCGACACAGAGAAUCAUGGCGUGAGCACUAAGAGAGAUUACUCACCCGUGUCCUGGAGCGAAUACUUCGAAAUGAUGGAUGAUGUGGUUAUCGGGUCAGGAGAAACUAAGGAUGUGUUUCGUGUGUAUAAGAGCGGUCAGGACGGUCCACUGCUGGUUCUGCUUCACGGAGGAGGACAUUCGGCCCUGUCCUGGGCAGUGUUUACGGCAGCGAUGACCAGUCGGGUCACUUGUCGGGUUCUGGCCAUGGAUCUCAGGGGUCACGGUGCAACGCAAGUCAAGCACGCGGACGACCUUUCCACGCAAACCAUGUCCAGAGAUGUAGCCAAUGUGGUGCGAGCUACAUACGGAGAGAUCCCGCCCCCUAUUAUCCUUGUGGGUCACAAUGUGGGCGGAGCCAUCGCGGUGCACGCGGCCAGUGGAACUCUGCUGCCCUCUGUGGUCGGGCUGGUGGCCAUCGACGUGGUGGAGGGCAGUGCGAUGGACGUCUUGCACAGCAUGCAGAACUUCCUGAGAGGACGACCCAAAUCCUUCAAAUCCAUCGAUCACGCCAUUGAAUGGAGUGUAAAAAGCGGGCAGAUCAGAAACCUGGAGUCUGCUAAAGUGUCAAUGGUGGGACAAGUGAGACGGUGUGAGGUGGAGGAAGGAGACGCGGCCGAGCCGGUGAGUCCGGCGACUGAGAGCGUGGCCGAGGGUCACGAGGAGUUUUACGACCUGAACUACGUCACGGAUAAAGCCGAGAGCAGCACAUCCGCAGAGCCUUGCAGUGUGUACAGCUGGAAAAUUGAUCUGUCUAAAGCCGAGAAAUACUGGGACGGCUGGUUUAGAGGGAUAUCGAACCACUUCCUGUCCUGCAAUGUCCCAAAACUCCUACUGUUGGCAGGCAUUGAUCGACUGGACAGAGAUCUGACCAUUGGACAGAUGCAGGGCAAAUUCAUGAUGCAGGUGCUGCCCCCAUGUGGACACGCAGUGCACGAGGACAUCCCAGAUAAAGUGGCAGAUGCUCUGGCAAGUUUUAUGAUCAGACACAAAUUUGCUGAAGCUCGCAGCGAAACUAAAAGUUCCUCGUACCCGUUCAUGCGGUGAGGAGUCGAGGAUGAAGCAGAAGACACCGAGAAACCUCCAGCAGAGCAAAACAGCAAAUACUUUCGCUAUCAAUCCAAAGAUUAUGUUUCAACUGUCACUAUCCUGAGUUUAGAAUAAAGCUUAGAAUGUUCAGUAGUUGUUUUGGAAUGUUCAGUUUAACUGACAAGAAACAUUGUGACACUAUUUAAAUGUGGCGGAAUCAUGUGACAUCAUCACAGGAAACAGAUGUGAAACACUGUAAAAAUGAGAAGGACAAAGUUUAGCCCCAAAAAACUGACAUUAAAAUUUAUUAAUAUUCAAA